GAAGAUGUAAAAAUCUCAGACGCGUCCUUACCAGAGAGACAGCUGAAAGAAAUUAUAUUCUACACGCGCAGGUGAAAUCUCUGAAAGGGUACAUGGAGAACAAGAAAGCGGCUGUGGAGUUAGAGGACGUACCUUCUCCCCUUCAGGCUGGCUCUAAGUUUUUCCCAGCAGUGCCGCUUCCUGACAUUCAUUCUCUUCAGGAACCUAAAGAACAGCUCUCAGCUGUUCCCAGAGUAAGCUGCUGUGCUCAUUGCCCCAAUGAACCCGCCACUUCCCCCAGGCCUUUUGGUGGUGGCAGUGGCAGUAGUGGAGGUUCUGGGAACUCGAUUCACACGGGUUCACUCUCAGACUCACCAAGCACCGGGACAGUCACGUGUCAAGUAGGUUCAGGUUUUGCUUUCCAGUCCGUGUCUUCAUUGCAGAAUGCCUCCGCUAGGAACAACUUGGUGGGCCUUGCGAGUGACCUCCCCAGCAUGUGUAACCCACCUUCCUGCAAGCACGUCGUGUGUUGUGGGCAGCUCCAUUUCCAGUCGUGUCACGGUAGUGUACAGCUGCAUCAGUUCUAGACUCUCCAGGGCUGUACCUGGGCUGGCUAUUUCCCCUGCUCUGACUUCCCAAGUGGGGCUCCUGGGCAUUUGGAAGAGUGCCUUUCCCAUCCAGAGCGUACACCUCACUUGUGCACCAACUCUCUCCACCUACAUGUGGCACCUCGUUUGGUUAAAGGCUCACUUUACUGUGCAGACUGUCUAAACAAGCCAGCAAGAAAUAGCAUAACUGAUGCUGCUAAAAUCUGGCCGAAUAUACCACCUCCAAGUAUACAGCCUGCCCCUCGAGCUAUUCCUCUGUGUAAUCGCUGUGGAACAAAAGGGAUGGAAAAGGAGACCCCAUUGUUGUUGGCAACCAGUCUAGGCCAAGCUCCUUCAAAAUUUGGAUCACCAGAAGUUGCAGUCGCUGGACAGGUGCUGGAGACCCUCCCCCCCAUUGGUGUUUUCUGGGAUAUUGAAAACUGCUCAGUGCCCUCUGGCUGGUCAGCAACAACUGUUGUACAGAGAAUCCGUGAGAAGUUUUUUAGAGGACACAGAGAAGCAGAGUUUAUCUGUGUGUGCGACAUCAGUAAAGAAAAAAAGGAAGUUAUUCAAGAGCUGAAUAAUUGUCAGGUCACUGUUGCUCACAUAAACGCUACUGCCAAGAAUGCUGCUGUUGACAAACUCCGCCAGAGCCUUCGAAGGUUUGCAAAUACACACACUGCUCCGGCUACUGUGGUUCUUGUGUCAACUGAUGUCAAGUUUGCAUUAGAACUCAGUGAUCUCAGGCACCGGCAUGGUUUCCACAUCAUUUUGGUCCAUAAAGACCAGGCCUCUGAAGCCUUGUUGCAUCAUGCUAACCAGCUGAUCAGAUUUGAAGAGUUCACUUCUGAUCUAUCCCCCAGGUUACCACUGAAGAUUCCUUGCCACACUCUACUCUAUGUUUACAACCUGCCAGCAAAUAAAGAUGGCAGGAGCAUCAGCAGCAGGCUCAGGCGCCUCUGUAACUGUGGUGGCAAGGAGCUAAGUACCACAGGCUGCCGCGCCAUUCUCCGCUUCAUAAACCAAGAUGGCGCCGAGCGGGCCCAGAAGCAAAUGGAAAACGACGAUGUCUUUGGCAACAGGAUCAUUGUAUCCUUCACUCCAAAAACAGGAGAAUUCUUUGAAGCCAAGAGUUCAAAUGUUAUUGCCAAUAAAGCCAAGUCUCCCCAAAAAGUUAAGAACACAAAAUUGUGCCUCAUCAAAGACACAAGUAAUCGGUCACCCAGUGCCAAAGCCAGGCCUGGGAAAGGGUUGCAGGCAAAUUUUGGAUCUGCUACAAAAAUUAAAAAAAAAAAAAAACUUUUAAAGCUCUGCCGAAUGGAACCAAAGCCUGGCCAUAGAAACUGUGACCACCAGCAAGGCCAUGGGAGGCUGGCCACACUGCCUAACGGUGGCCCAACCGCUUCAGUGCCCACACCGAAUAACACAGGUGUGACGGAGCCACUUCAAAGAAGCAGUCAGAAAAAAGAGAAUCUCAGUCCCCAGAGCAUUGCCAGCUCUCCCGUAGAGAAGAAAAAGAGAGAGGGGACUGUCUUCCAAGUGAGCUACCCAUCUGCCUUCAGCCAGCUGAUCACCUCAAGGCAAGUCAGUCCUCUGCUCACCCCUCAGUCUUGGUCUCCGAGGAGUAUGUCUCCAAACCCUUUGAACACCGCCUCGCCACUCGCUUUCAACAUUGCCAAUCCCAGCAGCACUGCUGACUGCUCAGACCCAUUUGCAAACGGCGUUGACAUCCAGGUCAGCAAUGUGGACUACAGGCUGUCCCGGAAGGAGCUGCAGCAGCUUCUCCAGGAAGCCUUCUCCAAGCAUGGCCAGGUGAAGAGUGUUGAGCUCAGUCCCCACACUGAUUACCAGCUCAAGGCCUUCGUGCAGAUGAGAAGCCUGCAUGAUGCGAUCUGCGCCAUGAACAGCCUUCACAGGCACAAAAUCGGCAGCAAGAAGAUCCUGGUCUCUCUCUCCACAGGAGCUGCCAACAAGUCACUCGCUUUACUCCGUACAGAAACAAUAUCUAUUCUUCAGGACGCUCCUGCCUGUUGUUUGAAUCUCUUUAAAUUCAUAGACAUCUAUGAAAAGAAGUAUGGACACAAGUUAAAUGUGUCUGAUUUAUACAAAUUAACAGACACGAUUGCAAUCCGUCAACAGGGAAACGGGCGGCUCGUGUGUCUCUUACCCAGUAGCCAGGCCCACCAGAACCCACUGGGCUCUUCCCAGUCUCAUGAUGGCUCCUCUACAAACUGCAGCCUAGUUGUCUUUGAACAGUUGGAGUAUCACGAACCUGUCUGCAAGCAGCACUGCUCCAACAAGGACUUCAGUGAACUUGUAUUUGAUCCAGACUCUUACAAGGUUCCUUUUGUGGUUCUGUCUUUGAAAGUGUUCGCACCUCAAGUUCAUAGUCUUCUGCAGACCCACGAGGGCACUGUGCCUUUGCUGAGCUUUCCAGAUUGCUAUGCCGCGGAGUUUGGUGACCUAGAAUUUACACAAGACAGCCACAAGGGUGUCCCCUUAGAGCACUUCAUCACCUGCAUUCCAGGAGUGAACAUUGCCACUGCUCCGAAUGGCGUCAAAGUAGUGAAGUGGAUUCACAACAAGCCCCCGUCUCCCAACACUGACCCUUGGCUUCUUCGUUCUAAAAGCCCUGUGACAAACCCUCAGCUGAUUCAGUUCAGCAGAGAAGUCAUUGAUUUACUAAAGAACCAACCAUCCUGCAUGCUACCGAUCAGUAACUUCAUCCCUUCGUACCACCACCAUUUUGGAAAGCAGUGCCGGGUUUCAGACUAUGGCUAUUCCAAGCUGAUUGAACUACUAGAAGCUGUGCCUCAUGUGUUGCAGAUCCUUGGAAUGGGCUCCAAGCGUCUGCUGACCCUCACUCAUAGGGCCCAGGUGAAACGCUUCACUCAGGAUUUACUAAAACUCCUGAAGUCCCAGGCCAGCAAGCAGGUCACUGUGAGAGAUUUCUCACAGGCUUAUCACUGGUGUUUCUCAAAGGAUUGGGAUGUCACGGAAUACGGUGUUUGUGACUUGACUGAUAUAAUAUCAGAGAUCCCAGACACAACUAUUUGCUUGUCCCAACAAGAUGAUAACAUGGUCAUUUGUAUCCGAAAAAGAGAACGAACUCAGGAUGAAAUAGAAAGGACAAAGCAGUUCUCCAAAGACGUUGUGGACUUGCUGCGUCACCAGCCCCAUUUCCGGAUGCCCUUUAACAAGUUCAUUCCCUCUUACCACCACCACUUUGGCCGGCAGUGCAAACUCUCAUAUUAUGGAUUUACCAAGUUGCUUGAACUUUUGGAAGCCAUACCUGAGAUUUUACAAGUGUUGGAAUGUGGAGAAGAGAAAAUCCUGACUUUGACUGAAGGGGAGCGAUUCAAAGCUCUAGCCGCCCAGUUUGUUAAGCUUCUGCGGUCCCAAAAGGGUAACUGCCUCAUGAUGACAGAUCUGUUCACAGAAUAUGCUAAAACUUUUGGUUAUACGUUUCGUCUCCAAGACUAUGAUGUCAGUUCAGUCUCAGCUUUGACACAGAAGCUCUGCCACGUCGUAAAGGUCGCUGAUACGGAGUCUGGCAAGCAAAUCCAACUGGUCAACCGGAAGUCUUUGCGGCCUCUCACUGUUCAGUUGCUGUUGUUGUUGAUGUCUUGGGAAGGAGAUGCUUAUCUUCCCGUUGAUGAGCUCAAGAGACAUUAUGAAGCCACUCACAGUACUCCUCUCAACCCCUGUGACUAUGGAUUCAUGGCUUUGACUGAGCUCCUGAAGAGUCUGCCUUCUUUAGUAGAGGUAUGUGUGUGAGUUCAUAUCAGAAGCUUCUCAGCCCGGAGUU